AUGUUCAAAAUCGCCGAGAAAUGCCUGUUGGUCGCCGGUCUCUUGGCCGAAUUUGUCCCAAUCGUCAUCGCGGUAUCCUUCCCUGCCACAAGCGGCCCGUACAACACCAGCAUUGCAACGACCCAGCUCAUCGACCACGAUCGUCUGGAUCCCUACGCUCCAACGCCACGACCACGUACUUUGAUGAUUUCUCUCUUUCAUCCCGUCCACCCAGCAGCAUGUUGUCCCUACCCGACGCCCUACAUGGACCCCAUCAGCGCAACCUUCGAGGAUGAACAGUACGCACAAGAUGGUGUCCCAGCCGGCACCUUCAGCUCACUUAGCCUCGAAGCCUGCAAAUCUUUUCCGACUUCAAAAUCUAGCUGUAGCGUCAAAGGGUCAAACUAUCCGCUCAUUCUUUUUUCGCCUGGCCUGGGGAAUACUCGCCUCUUGUACAGCGCUAUGGCACAGCAACUGUCCAGCACUGGCUACAUCGUCGUAACGAUUGACCAUCCCUACGACGCAGACAUCGUAACAUUCCCCAACAAUGUCACCGUUCUCGCGGCAAACAUUACAACCGACACCCAGAUCAUAGAUGACUUGAAUAUCCGCGUGAAAGACGUAUCCUUCGUCCUCGACCAGCUCCGCAGUCCAUUGGUCAUUUCAAGGCUCAUCCCAGGCCAAACCUCCGGUUUGGAUACCUCUAAGGUGGGAAUAUAUGGUCACUCCCUUGGCGGCGCCACCGCAGCCGAGGCUCUGCUUUCUGAUUCGCGUCUCAUGGGGGGUGUCAAUUUGGACGGUACAUUUUUCGGCUCCGCUAUUGACCGUGGAUUGGAUAAGCCCUUCAUGAUCAUGGCCCACGAAGGGAAAAAUUUGACAUCUGAUGUGACUUGGGGUGCAAUUUGGCCGAAACUGAAGGGGUUUAAGAGAGAAUUCAUGCUCGGUAAUAGUACGCAUGGUACGUUUACGGAUUUGGCAGAGGCUGCUGAUUUGAUUGGUUUGAGAGAGCAAUUCCCGACAGAGGUGGCCGCAUUAUUGGGGGGUAUUGAUGGAGGAAGGGCCCUUCAGAUCAUUACUGCUUAUACUAGCAGGUUCUUCGACUUUGUAUUGAAGGGGAAGAAGAGUGAUCUAUUAGAUGGGUCUAGAAUGGAGUUUCAUGAGGUAACUGUUGGGGGAUAUUAA